GCCAUAUUUAGCUGCUUUGUUGUAGAUUCCUUAUAGGCUUCCUUCAGAUUUUAGCCCAAGUGUUGCAAUGGAACCGAGCUGGAGUACGUUUUUAUUUCAACAGGCCAAUGAGGCUCUGCAUCACCAACACCAAGUAGCUGGAAACAGCCUGUUGCCUCUUCUUAAUUCUGGGACAGAGCCACCUGAUCAGAAACCAGUGCUGCCAAUCCCGUUGGACCAGAAACCACCUGUCAGUGCUACAGAACUUCUUAAAGACAAUGUGGUGACUGGGGCUGUUGGAGGAGGUGGUGAAGUGGCUCCAGUUGCUGUGGUUAAAAAGGAACCUAAGUCAAAGACUCCCUUUAUCUGUGGCUACUGCAACAAAGCUUUCCGGGACAGCUACCAUCUACGGCGGCACGAGUCUUGCCACACUGGCAUUAAGAUGGUGUCACGGCCUAAGAAGGCUCAGACUGCUCCUACCAUGGUGCCACUCAUAUCCACUGUACCACGUGAGAAUAGUGGAAAUCCGUCAUACAUAACUACUGUAGCCACAGGUGUCCUGACUACAGCAACAACAUCAGCAUCCACAGGCACUAGCAGCAUGACCCCAAUGCAACACCAACAACUACAGAGCAUCCCUAAAAAGCCUCCCAAGCCGGUGAAAAAGAACCAUGGUUGUGACAUGUGUGGUAAGGCCUUCAGAGAUGUGUAUCACCUCAAUCGCCACAAGCUGUCACACUCAGACGAAAAGCCGUUUGAAUGUCCCAUCUGUCAGCAGAGGUUUAAAAGGAAGGAUCGCAUGACAUACCAUGUCCGCUCCCAUGAUGGGGGAGUUCACAAGCCCUACAUCUGUUCUGUCUGUGGGAAGGGCUUCUCCAGACCUGAUCAUCUAAGCUGUCAUGUCAAGCACGUCCAUUCCUCAGAGAGGCCAUUUAAGUGCCAAGUAACGGCUUGUACGUCUGCUUUUGCUACCAAAGACCGCCUGCGAUCUCACAUGAUCAGACAUGAAGGCAAAGUGACCUGCAACAUCUGUGGCAAAAUGCUAAGUGCCGCCUACAUCACAAGUCACCUCAAGACCCAUGGGCAAGCUAGCUUCAACAGCCCAUGUAACAAUAAAGGCAUAAGUGACUGGCAGUGGAACCACUCAGGGCCACGAAAAGGUGAGUUGACGGUAGGAGAGAUUUUAAAUAACUCCUUCCAAGUCCUAAUUGACAACUCUCAUAAAGAUGCCAACAACUUACACAACAGCUCUGCGGCUACGACACCUGUCACCAACUCUGCAGCCAACACCUCUGCUGUGAACCGCAGUGUCAAUUCCAGCAAUGCUGUUACCAUCACUGCUCAGAUUAAUACUGCCACCAGCACCGUUAACAUCACAUCGCCAGUUAACCUGCAGCACCCUGUCACCAUCACUGGCCCUGUGAACCUGACCUCUGUUGGAAUCCCUACAACAGCACACAUGAAUAUUGCCCACCCGGUAGCUAUCACCACUCCUAUGCCCAUGAAUAUAACUGGGCCACUCAAUAUUGCCAUGAGGCCCAUGGAGUCUAUGCCUUUUCUUUCCCAGGUUCUGCCAUCCUCCCCUCCUUGGUAGAACUUUUGUUCCUCAUGUAACAGUUAGUGAUGUUUUAACUGCCUAAUAACGGACAAAGCCAUUAGAUAUUAGUAAAAUCUCCCUCUAAAUGAGUUGAUAGUGUACUGGGCAUAAAAAGGUGAACUAAUGUGUCACGUAGAUGGUAACCAAUGAUUGUUACUUACAGAGGUCAGCAUUAUUACAACAUUGUGGUAAUUAUGAAUUUUAUUUUUAGUUAAUACAGAAAAUACAUAUUUUUGUAACUUAGCAAUGGUCAGAAAUUAAUUAAUCAGAGUACUAGCAUGUACAUAAAUUGUUCUUUUAUAGAAUAUAUAUGCAUUUUGUUUUAUGCAUUUUACCUUAGGACAUUAGUAGAAAUGUUUUAAUAGGGGAAGACUUUGUUGAUUGUGAGUUGUUGUUUUUUUUGGGUUUUUUGCCUAAUUCAGUGAACCUGAAAAACCACAGUCCUACAUCAUAUUGAUGCAAAAUCUGUAAAUCCAAUAAUAUGUCCAAUAAUAUUGAUAAAUAGUUGUCAAACCUAUUAGUUGGAUCCCUGAAGGCAGAGCCAGUCUUGCAUGUCCAUGUUUUAAAGAGCUGUCAUUGCUUGCUUUCAACGUCACGAAUGAGCUCUCAUGCUCAGAUAAUUCCAAUUUGUUACAUCGUCGUCAUUUAACCAGAUAAGAUGUGAUUUCAUAGUUUGGGAGAAGUGGAAAUAAGUUUAAGCCAAAGAAUUUUAUAAAUGUAAUUUUGCCCAUGAAUGAUAUUUUCAAAAAGAAGGGGGGAAAUCUUUUAACCAGUAUGGAGAUUUUUUUUUUUCAUCUGAAAACCAGAGAGAAUAAAUUGUUGCCUUUAAAGAGACUAACACGGUAGAUGCUAACGUGUCCUGGUCAUCGCACGAUUACGCUCAAAUGUUUCCAGGACCCAAUAUAUUGCUCAAAUAUGAAUUCUACUUUUUGUACCAUUUUAAUGUUUGAUAAUGCUAAUAUUGAUGUAUUAGUCAAUUGUAUUACUCACAGUUGAUCAUGUGAACAGUUUUAAUUACACCUAUAGACUCAAACCAAAAAGUAGGUUCUUUCACUUAAACAUGGUUUUAAAUUAUUGGGCAGUUAUUACACUUCCAGCUGUUCCAUGGUAAACUACUUUGUAUUUGCAUUUUACCCUUUUACAAAUAUGUAUAAUUUUACUGUAAUGGUUGACAUUGAGCAAACUCAGUGCAGGAGUCUUUACCGUAAACGCAAUAUACUGUAGGGAGACAAACCGUUUAAGAUCGUUAUUGUCAAGUUAUUUGACAAGACACUGUUGAUCUUAUCAGAGUGAGAAGUAAAAAUUAUAUUGUGCAACUGGACAUCUUAAAAUAUGGAUAAUGUGUGAUGCUAUACUGAUAUUUAGGAAAUGUCUUAAUAUUUGUGUUGCUUCUUCUUAAGGAAAUGGGGUUUUUUGUCCUUUUUAGCUGAUUUUUAUUUUAGUGGACUUCUCAGUAUUUUAUAUUUGAUAUGUUUUAAAGUUAAAACAAGAUAUGCUUAUUUGGAGUAUGUUUUGAUAAAUUUUGCGCCCCUCCCCAGCAGAAUUUCUACAGUUAAAGUUGCUGGAAGCACAAUCAUUCCUUACUGCUGGAGACAAGUUUAUGUGGAACUAAGUUUGGGGGGGUUGUAUUAUUUUGUAUUUGAACGUGACAGGUGAGAGUAUUGCUUCCUGAAAAAAUGUCACUUAGGCUUUGCCUGUUAAAAUCCUGGUAUUAUCAAAAGUCAAACAUUAAAUUUAGCUUUUUUAAGACUUUUUAAACAUGAAAGCCAAAAGAGAAGACGUUAAAUUUAAGUUGCGCAGUCCCAAAGUUUCUGUGGUGUGUUCAGUUGGUUAGAUUUUUAAUUUAGCAGAUAGUGGAUCCCAUCACUGUCAUUCAUUUGUGUCAACAUGUCAGAAAUUUUACACUGACCUUUUUUUCUUUUUCUUUUUUUUUUUCUUUUAAACCAAUAAUGUAAAACACUAUUUUAUUGCCUUUACCCAUGGUAGAUAAAGCCUUUCUAUUAACUACAUGUUAUUGGUGCAAAAACUUCAUCAACACUGAUGUGGCCGUCCAGCCUGGAGAGAAAGGAGAAUAAGGAGUCUUAUACAUAAGCCUGGUGUCACUUUAUUUUUAUUAUGAGAAAAAUCCCAUUAAAAAGGAAAACAUGUUUUACUUGCUGCAGUUUGUAUACAGCCACAAAUGUCCAAAAACAUUUGAACGCACUCACAAUUUUUAAAAUUUUGCCCUUUGUAUACCAUCUCACUGGAUUUUAAGACAAAUAAUUAGGAUGUGAUUAAAAUGCAGACUUUCAAUUUUAAUUUAAGAGGUUUUACAUAAAUUCUGUAUUAACUAUUAUGAAUUACAGCAGCUUUUUUUACAGGCCCAAAUUAGACAGCUGACAAACAGUUUCAUGGCAAAGUGACACCUCUUCUUUCAUUAUUUUUAGCAGGUAAAUUAUCUGGAUAUCAUUACAAAUGUUGAAUUUGCAUUUGGUAGUUAUUAACCUCAAUAUGAGUGGGAGGCAAGCCAUUGGUUACACUCAAGAAAAAGAAGACCAGGUUAGAAAACAUUUUGGUUUUGUCUUGGACAAAUAAAACUAAUGUUAUCUUUUACCAGAAUAGUGGGAAGAGGUCCAAAGCAUACUACAUAAUUUGUCAAACAAAGCCUUGGCACGGGCAUGUACGGCUUCCACAAAUGUUUAUUGAUGAUGUGGCUUCUGAUAGGAUUAGUAGGAUGAAUUCUGAAGUGUACAACUAUACUUUCUGUUUCUAUUAAUGGCAAAUAGAUAAUGUUGCAAGGUAGACUGCAAAACCAGCCCAAGAGAAAAAGAAGUGAGAUAUGUUCAUUGGCCAAACCAGUCACCUGAUGUCAGUUCAUAUUUUCAGUUAGUAAAGACAAAACUGGAGACCUAGGCAGGCCAAGAUGUCCACAUUUUGGUGAUGUCCAUGGGUUGAAGACUUCCGGCAGUCAUUGACUGCAAAAGAUAAUAAUUUUUAUUACUGAUGCUAAACAUUAGUAAACAGAUAAAGCAAUACUUUUGCUAAACUCUUGACUUAAGGCAGAAAAUGUGCAUCUUAAUCACAUCUUGGUUAUUUUUUUAAUUUAAUUAUAUUGGUUUUUAAUUUUUUGGUUUCAAAAUUAAAAUUGCCAGUGUGGUGCUUUAAGCACAACAUAAUAAAAGUGUUAUUCAAAUGCUUGUGGAUUUAACUAUACCUUAUCCCUCCAAUACUGAAUACUGAGUGUUGUCUGUCAUCUAAGAUUACCAAAAUAGGAAAAUGGUCAUAGUACAAAGUUAUCUACAUGUUGUCCACUCCAAAUGGUGCUACUAAUUAGAGACUGAACAUGAAGCCAUUAAUUACUUCUAGAAUAAUCCCCAGUGCAAUAGUAUAGUAGGACAUUAGGUCUUGCUUGUAUUUCCAUUAGCUGUGGCACAGUGUUAGUAAUAUCAAACUAUAGCAGCACAGAUCAAACCUGUCAGCAGAGAAAUGUUCUUGAUGUUUGUAAUUUGUUUAGGAAAGUUAUCUGUUGCUAGAAAGAGAGAAAUAAACUACAGCCUUAUUCUGUGUAAAAGCAGAGUUUUCUCUGUAGGUUUCAUAUGCUUCCUUAUUUUAUUUAUUUUAUUGUUGUUAUUGCUUUCUUGUCACUCUAGCAACCUAGAUAAUUGGGAUAAUUAAUAAAGAACAUUUGCCUAGGUGUAACUAAAAGAUCAAGAUGCUAAAGGAUGGGUGUUGUGUUACUGAUGUUAUUACUUAGUGGUUUUGACAAUUUGCAACCAUGUGCAUGCAGCAUCCACUAAGUUGCCCUUAGAAGUUACAGGCUCAUGACUCUAAAUGUUUACAUACCUUUUCCUGCUGUUUCAGCCAUUUAAUUUUCAUUUGUGCCCCCCUCAGUUGAGACUUGUGAGCUUGCACAUAUUCUGCUGCUCUCUUGGGCAGGAAUAGGUUUACAGAGCACAUUACAUCUGGAGAUGUCUGCUUGAUUGUUUGAAAGGGUGAACAUGUUUCCUGGCUGUGAGUGUCUUGAGCAACAUGAAUAUACAGUUUUUUGAUACUUGGAUUUUGUAGUUUUUCACCCUUUUACAGUGUAGGAAUUCCGUAGCACCUGCAGUAAAUGGUAAGAUGUAGGGACUACAGGACAAUGGUACAUAGAGGGGCAUUCCAGUUUGGUGUAACUGGACAAUGACUGUCAGUCCCACUUCACCUGGCUCAUCUGUAUGUUGGCAACUCAGUUGUUUAGCUCAUUAAUUUCAUUUUAUGUAUGCUAACAGUCCACAAGGGAAGGUGCUUUUAAUUUUGAAUGGCAUUAUUUGUUGAAAAUAUUUUUCCUGGUUCUUUUGUUUGUUUGUUUGUUUGUUUAUUUGUUUUUUAUGUUGCCUGUGGAUGAUGAGUUGAUUAGAAGGUAAUUAGAAGGGUGAAGACUUUUUAUAAAAACAAAAACACUAAAAAAAAAACAAGAUGAAAGCUUAGUAUGUGGUGUCAUUUGUCCUUCUUUAGUGGCUGGUUAACAAGUGUGCCUAAAAUACUUUACAAGACUUUUCUCACACAUUGAUACUUCCUCUUCUAGUUAAGCUGUGCAAGAGAAUAGUCUUGUGAAGGAAUCCUUCAUUAGUUCAAACGGCCUAGGGUCCUGCAUGGCCAGUUUUUGGCUUUGUUAUUUAAAGCUAACAAUAAUGAACUUAAUGUUUUCUACUUAAGGACUAAUCUUGAAACACAAAUUGAUUGAUCUUUAAAGCGCAUGCUCAUGUUAGCGUAUCAUUGACAUUUCUCUGUGUGGUUUCACUUUGUAAUCCAGCCUAAUAUGAAAAACAAUUUGUUUGGCCAAAUAAUUAUUUGAGUUUCGUUUUGCUUUUUGUUUUGUUUUUUGGUGAAGUUUGUAAUUUGGCAGAUGUGAAGGCAAAUGAAUGUAUAUCUUUGUAUAAACCAUUUAGUUCAGAAGACAUGUUAGUUAUGACACACAAGGAAAAAAAAAACUUUUAUAAAUCCUUUUUGUAUUAGAACAUUAACAGUGGUAAUUUUUGUAUAUAUGAAGAUUAGGCUUUCUGAUUAGCAGAAAGGUAAAACAUUCCUACAUUUUUUUAAAUGUAUGUCCAUUGAGAAUAAUUAUGUAAACAUAUUUCCAAUGUUUUAU